CUUCACUUCCACGCUGCCUCCCACUAGUGUUUAGUUAGUGUUGGUCUGGAUAGGAGAGGAGAGAGAAGACAUGGCUUUCUAUCGAGGAGCGUUUCUGUUUCUGCUUGUUUGCCUGUUGAACCACAGCGUGUGGGGCAAAGUGGAACUGACUAUGAAUGACAACCUGGAGGUGUACCUUGGUGACUCGGCAGAAAUCCCCUGUCAUUACAGCUUCUAUGGUUUGGAUGAAGAGCCCAGCUUCGUCAUGAUUCAGUGGUUUGUGGGAAAGAGACAGAAAGGGAGAUUCAGGGAAUGGGAAACUUUGCAAAGCCCUGGUACAAGAGAGAAAGUUCAGAUAAUUAAAGCUUUACAUAAACUUCUGCAGGUGGCAUCAUGUGAGGCUCGAAAUGGUUAUCCUAAACCCAACAUCACCUGGUAUAAGGACGACGAGCCACUGACGCCGACAGCAGGACAGGUUAAUGUGAUCACCUUGGUGACCCGGGAGUCCACAGGUUUCUACUCUGUUCAGAGCACCCUGGAGUACAAGCUGGCCAAGCAGGACAAGGACUCCCGUUUCUUCUGUGAGGUCAGCUUUUCCGUCCCGGGAGACAUCAGAGUUAUGGAGUCCCACCGAAUCAACGUCACCGUUCACUACCCCACCACCAUGGUGGAGCUGUGGAAGGAGUCGCCCAAGGGCUUGGUCAAAGAGGGGGAUACAGUGGAGCUACGUUGCCAGGGUGAUGGCAACCCCCCGCCGCUCUUCAUUUUCAGCAAGGAACAAGAGCCAGAUGUGGUGUUGGAGAGCAGAGGUGAUGUGUUGAUGCUGCCCACUGUGUCUCGGAAAGACAGCGGCAUCUACCAGUGUCGGCCGCUGGACUCCGUUGGACAAGCUGUGAAAGGAGAGGUCCAGCUCACUGUGCAUUACUUGGACCCAGCAGUUGUGAUUCCUAAAGACUCAGAGGUUAUGCUUACAGGGGAAGAUCUGGUAGCAUCCUGCAACGCCUUGUCCUCCCUGAAAACCGUAACAGUCUGGUACAAGCACUGGGACGAAGUGAUGAGCAAAUCAAACGACCACAUGACUCACAGCACAGUGUCCGUCAAGGUCAGCUCGGACGUCAGCGCUGUCUGUAACGCGUCCAACGACAUGGGAACUGAAGUCAAGGUUUUCAGCAUCAAAGCCAUUCCCAGGGUCACCCGCACAGCUCCCUUCUCUCCUGUGGAAGGCAGUGGGGUGAUCAUAGUGGUGAUCAUUCUGUGUUUGCUGCUGCUCGCCAUCCUGGGAAGUGUUCUCUACUUCCUGCAUAAGAAGGGAAAGAUCCCCUGUGGACGUUCAGGCAAACAGGAGAUCACCAAAGAGAAGCACACCAAAGACGACAUCGUAGUGGAGAUGAAGAACAACCCAAAGACUGAGGAUGCCGUGCUGCUAAAGGCUGUGAACGGAGAGAAAAAGGGUCCUAAUGAGCAGGUAACUGUCGUGUAAAACUCCUGAAGGUUCUGCGGCGCUGGACGGUCACCUGAAGCAGCAUUCAGAACGCGUCGGAGUCAGAUCAGGACGCUCCCACUGACCUGAGAUCUGCAGACCGCCGCCGCCUCGUCGGAGUCUGGAUGCCCCCCCUCCUCCCCAUCAUUCUCCGUUCUCCGCAGCAGGAAAAACAUUCACUGACACACAUCAACCACACCUUUCCCCCUGGUGUCAAUGUACAGAUUCGUAUUUUCAGCCUUCAUUUCUCGCAUUAGUUUCAGCCCAUUGCUGUCGUUUAGUGUUUGUGCGACAUCCUUCCUUUUUUAUGAAAGUGUAUAUAUUAUAUAUAUUUUGUUAUUUAAGAUAUUUUGGCUCAGAUUUCCAUUUCACAGCAUCCUCUGGCUCAUGUGCAUGUUUUCGUUUUGGUGAGAUUUGACGCAGGACAUGAUGUUGGAGACCAAACGUUAGUUCUGACAGGUUUUAGUUUGUGUAGAAACUCGUGUUACAUUUGACCAAAACAGAUUUUUUUAUGUCUAGUUUGCUCUGCAGGGUCACCAGACACACUGACAGACCUCUUUUCCAAACUACUGUCAUGUUCUUGUACGGUUUGUAAAUAUGCUUAGGUUAGAGACCAGCUAGAAGAAGUCUGUGAGACUGAAAGGUCAAAGGUAGAUAUUUGUUGUGCCUGUUUUUUUAUUUCUUUUUUACAUCAAACACUGAAUUUAUUUUUUUUUUUACAUGUUUUUCUUUGCGUUGCCGCUGAGAGGUAAAGGCCUGAAGGUCCCACGUGUUUUUGCAUGCUUCAUACAGUCACAGUUGCGUUUAGGUGAACAUUGCUCUUAUUUUUUAACUUUAUUUGAUGUUAACAUGCAGAGAAAUCACUGUGAUAAAAACCCGGUAAGGAUUAUGGCUUACUUUAUACUAAGUACCUUAAAGCAGGGUUUUAGUUUCAGUUUUCUACCUGAAAAAGUGAAUAAAUGCAAAUAUCAAAACAUUUCCAAAAUAAAUCAAUGUUUCUAAACAGUAAUUUAAUUUUAAUUUCAUAUCAAUUUAGAAACUGUAGAAUACAGCUUACAUUUACAAAUCCACAAAUUGGAAAACCUCAAAAACGUAGAAAAUUCAUUCUAUUCAUAUUGAAUUUUCAAGCAUGUAAACUUUCUGCAUUUAAAUUCAAUAAAAAUAG